GAUUUUAUAUAGUAGACAAACCGCGAAUAUCAAUAGGCAUAUUGGAUAAAAAAAGUGAAAUAUAAAAAGAAUAUUAUCUCUAAAAUUACCGGUUCAUUAUUCAAUCGUUUCCAUUUUAUAAUUUAUCAAGUUUGAACGUCCAAGCUCAUACAUUUCAUUCCCUUACCCAACACAACAUGGACGAAGUUUUAGAAAAAUUGGAAUCGACAAUCAUAACUCCGGAAAGUACAGAACAAGAAACUAACGAUUACCAGGCAUUAUACAAAAAUUGGGGCAGAUUGGGAAAUCAAGAAGAGAGGCGUAAAGAAUUACUAGAACUACAAAAAACUAAUCGCAAUGACAAGAUUGAUGCAUUUCGAGGUAUACUGGAACUUGUUAAAGUGGUAGAAGAGAGAAAUAUUUUCAAGCCUUAUAACCGGGUACAUUACCGGCCUAGCAUAUAUGUAGCGGGCUUCAACAGGACCUCCGCCACCUAUAGCAAUGUUCUCAUGUUGUCGGAAUGGAUGAUUGAGAAACCGGCUGACUUCAGUGAGAACUGGAUGGUGGUGCCGUGCCCUAAAGGUGUCCGGAUGCUUAUUGUGGCAAAUCAGGGAAAAACUAGAGCCUACACUAAAUAUGGACAUUUCAAGAUGGAGUUCCGAUCUGCUCUCCCUGGUGGCAACGGCAGUGAGUACUCGAAAAGUCGCUGCUGCGUGUUGGACUGCUUCUAUGCUGAGAACAAGAAAAUUAUGUACAUACUAGAUAUCUUGGCCUGGAACAAUCAGCCCAUGACAGAUGGAGAGUUGGAGUUCAGACAGUACUGGAUCAAAUCACAGCUAAUGGAACUGCCCCAGCUGACCACUGUAAGCAAGAAGAACCAAAUAGUCUUCCAACUACUUCCAAUGGUGCCCUGUACUCCGGAAUCAUUUAAUAAUUUCAUGAUGACGUAUCCUCCAUUCGAAGACAACAACCCUGCACUAGAUGGCUUGCUGUUCUAUCACAAGAAGGCGCAUUACGUCUCGGGCGAGACGCCUCUAGUGGGGUGGCUGUUCCCGUACAUGGUGCCAGAGGUGCUGGGGUCUGAUAUAACUGUACAUCCACAGUUUCUGAGCGCAAAGCCGGCGGGUUACGUAGACCAAGCUCAGUUUAUACAAGCGUUUGAGGCCAAAAUGGACAAGAGGAAGAACCGAGGCAGGAGGUCAAGCUGCUCAAUGGAUACCAGUGGCAGCACAGAGACUGAACCCAAAGAAAAUCCACUACAUAGUCCUAAAACGGAGAAUGGAUCCAAAGAUACUGAAGAAAUGGACGCUGAAGUAAAACCAGAUGCGAUCAUAGACAAUAAUCCAGAAGUUAUGGAUGCAGAGGAAAAAUCAACUUUAGUCAAAGAUAAUAAUAAUAUAGACCCAGAAUCGAAUCUUAUAACAGACGAAAAAGAAAAAUAGACGUAUAAGCUAUUUGGAUUU